AGUAACACACCCCCAGACCAGUCACACACAACACAGGGCAGGGCAGCUAACUGAGCGAGUAAGAAAUGCAGAGAUCCUGCAAAAAAAACUUAUUUUCUCUUAUAAGAUAUUCGGCUUCAUCAUCAUCAAAUCGAGGGUUUUGCACAUCAACAACAACAAAAAGUGUUGAUAAUAACAAUGAAAAGAUCGUAGCUUCAGUCCUUUUCGAGCGACUUCCUGUUAUUAUCCCCCAAAUUGACCCCGUCGUUUAUGCUUUUCAAGAAUUCUCCUUUCGAUGGAGACAGCAGUUUCGUCGGGCAUAUCCUGAAGAAUUCCUCAAAAAAUCUGAUGCCAGGGGUCAGGGUGAAUACCAAAUUGAUUUCGUACCAGCUCCCAGGAUAACUGAAGCUGACAAAACCAAUGAUAAAAGGUCGUUGCAGAGAGCUCUUGACAGAAGACUUUAUCUUCUUCUUUAUGGUGAUACAUAUGGAAGUCCAAAAGGGCAGCCUGUAUGGCACUUUCCUGAAAAAGUUUACAGUUCUGAAGAGACGCUACGCAAGUGUGCAGAGUCUGCACUAGAAUCUGUUCUCGGAGAUCUAUCUCAUACAUACUUUGUUGGAAAUGCCCCCAUGGGACAUAUUGAAAUGCCGCCUACUGAGAAAAAUGAUGAUAAUCAAUCUUUUACGAGGUUUUUCUUUAAAUCUCAAGUGAUUGCGACAAAUAAGCUUAACAUCAAAUGCAAGGAUUUCCUGUGGGUAACGAAGGACGAGUUGUUGGACUACUUCCCUGAGCACAGCAAAUACUUGACGAAAAUGAUCAUCAGCUGAACCAAGGGAUCCAAUCUAUUUUUGGUUCAAGUUUUAUAAACAGUUAAAUAAGAUAAUCGAUGUCCAUGUGUGGACUUAAAUGCAUGUGUUUCUAGUUUGAGCUCCGUUAUUGAUUUGCAAGGAAACUGCAUGUAUUUUGUGGGUUCGGUUCGUCCAAUUAUGGCAUUAGAAAAGCGAAAACUUGGAUUUUAGUUCUGCAAGAAAUGUAGCUAUUGUACCCUGUUUUUAGACUGCCUAAACUUAUUAAUUCACUAAAAAUAUUCGUA